GAUACGGUCGGUGACCUGGCUGUUAGCCGGCGAGAGGCGCAGUUCACCCUCUUUCGCGCUCCCUCUCUCUUUCUCUCCCUCUAUUUCCCUCUCUCCGCUAUAUCUCUGUCUCUCCUCCUCUCUAACGGAGCCACAAGUUAGGAUCCACGAGGAACCGGCCGGCCGGUUCUUCCUUCACCUUCCUAGACCUGCUGACCGACCAAGUGGUGCUGCGUUGGACAGACUUGUCCAUUCACUGUGACGCGUUUACACGCUGGUUAAAGGGUCGUUCAACCCCCCUCGCGACCAGCACAGGGUAGACGAGGUGAUUUUACUUGAAAAAGUUGUGCACGGUGCUCGUCGUUUUUCUUCCACCAGUGUUGGACGAAGUUAGGCGUUCGUCCGGAAUCGAACAGACCCAGGAAUAAGCAGAUCACAAGGUGGAUUUCGGUGUUGGGGGUCGUGAUAAAUCAGGAUCUUGGAGGUGGAGAUCGGUGGCAGGGGACCUCUGGAGCACCUGAAACGCGUGUAAUACACUGAGUGCUGGGUGUUGGGGACUAAAAGCGAUCCUGAUCGGUGCACGUGUCCAUGGUGCGAGUACGCUUCAACAGCUUGGAUGCACAGAAGCCGUUCUUCCGAUGAUUAAGUUAGCAUUAUCGAGUUUCACCAGAGAAGAAGAAAGACGAUAGUGCAGCGUAACAUGAGAUUCGCAGAAACGUGCUGUUGAUGACGUUAUGGGGUUGAUCUUCCUUGCCAAUACUUUGUUCCUCUGCUUAUGCGCGGCUGGAUUGCCGUUGCCACAGGGCGGCGGUGGGGCGGGGGGCCAUGGACAGCCGCAGGCUGGCUCGCCGAGCACCCCGGGCCCCGGCGGUGGCAUAGCUGGCAGUGGCACCCUAGGUGCUUCUGGCUCUGGCACCGGCGCCGCCGGUGGAGUUGGGGUUGGUUUCGGGUUAUCAGGGGGAAGUACCGGCGGUGGAGCCGGUGGCGGUGCUGCCGGUGGCGGUGGGGCAGGUUGGCCUCGUCGGGGCCGAGGGUGGCGCGACUGGCGCCGCGGCGACCCCACGCUGAUCAAGGGACUAUGGAAAUCGAAGGGACCUCUAGAUUCCUUAGGGAACGCAGAGGCGUACAUCUUCUUAGCGCUGCUGAUCGGAUUCGUGACCGUGGUGGUGGGCUGCUGGCUGUCGGACAACUGUUGGUCCCCGGAACCGGAAGGGGUGAUCACAGUGGCAUAGCCUAGUGCGGACUUCCGUUCGUCUAGGCGAUAACAACUAGUACGUGGGCUCUCCUGUAGGAGCUUGCAGCAUCAUCUUGGCCAAGCGAACCAACAACGGCCAUUGUUGGACAUCAACGAUAACCACACGCUUUUAGCCGUGUAACGAUGGUGUUUUGCAGCGAAAAAAGUAUCGCGAGGUGAUCGAACAUUUAACCUGAUCGCGAGGCGUUGAACCGGAUAAUCGUACGUUCAUCGAGCUAUCCGGGGGAACUUUAAUAGAGAGACGAUCCGAGCCGAGUCAAACGGACGAUCGAUCGCGUACACGUGGUACGUGCUUUUACUUUUUCUUGUCUUUUCUUCGGCGCGAAAUGCAUCGCGGUUUAAUGCAUCGACGGUGGCGAAGGUGGCGAAGGUGGCGAAGGUGGCGAGAACGUAAUUAGCGAAAUUGGAAAGGCAACCGCGUGGAAUGCGUUUCGAUCCGACGCGAUGGCGACAUACGGCUCUCUCGACCAGCCGUGGAUUAUGCUUCCACUGUUAACGCGAUCCACGUUUGAUCUUUAGCCGUUGGCAAAUUGAACGACGGAUGUAUAUAUAGUAUACAGUACACAGUACAUAGGGACAGUUUCGAAACUGUUGGCGAAUAAUGUUCGAUAACCUGAAACGGGUUACGAAUUGACCGUCUGCUCGAGGAUUAACGGAGAUCAUCGAGAUCAUCGAAUUAGUUGCGAAACGGAUUUUCCGAGGUGUGGAUGGUGGAAAGGUGUUGCGGUUGAUGUUCAGUUUCAAGGUGUUAAAGUUAUACUUUGAUGAUACAGCGGAAUCUUGAUUAUUUGAGUCUAUCGAUUAACCAAGCGUUUCUCUGUCAUGUCGUCGUAAUUAGCUCGGAUAAUUAAGGUUCUAAUGUACUAUUAUAGAAGUAAGGAUACAGUUUGGUCAACUAUCGGGGAUGUUUAGUUUGGAAAUGUUUAAUGGUAGUUGUACGUUUAAUACCAUCAUUUAUGGUGCAUACCUGGUGUUCAAAGGAAAUGGUUGAGAAAUUUAUAAGCAUACAAGUAAUUGCUGGAUUAAAAUAGUCUAUAUGUAUAUUUUUUUGAUUUAUUAAUAUAAGUUACUACUGUAUACCUAGGUACCAAGAUAAAGUGACUUAUAUUACUAAACCAAAAAAAUUGUUUAUUAGAUGAAAAUAGUACUAUGAGUUUGUGAACUUUUCAACCACUUAUUUUAACAUCCUGAACAUAGUGCAAAUAGAAAAUCGAAUUCACCGGAAAUUGAACGACGAUUUUUCAAUAUCAAUUUCUAAAUAAUUCCUAAAUGUUAACGUGGAAACGAUUGCAGGUACAAAACAUCGUGCGUAUAACAUCCUCGCAAACUUUUCUAUUAUACGGGAUGAAUCAAUAACUAUAUUAUCACUUUGACUAUUUCCAUAUCCAAACAUUUCACUCGUAGUUUUCAAUUUAGUUACUUGUGUUUCUCAUCUAUAAAGGAUGCGACAUCGGAUUCAGUCAUCGAUUAAUCAAGGUGAUGAGGAUCGAUUCGCGUUGCAUCCACCCUUUAUAAAUUCAUCACCCUUUGACCAAAAAACGAACCAAACCAUUCGUAGUAUCUACUUGAAGGGUACAAUGUUCUACUCCUCGAAAGGAGAAAGUUAUCGCGAAUUCGUGGUUUCCGUUUAGCCUUUCUAAAUGAUGCGUGAAAGGUAAAUAGAGCCGCUUUGAAGUUCCCUGUUAACGGAAGUCGAAAAUGGAUCAAUAAUUUCAUUUGGAGCCUCGGCUGAUGGGUUUCGAUAUUGACGUUAAACGAGCGGACUCUAGCGAGCGGAAAGCAGCGAGGAUUUACCCCUUGUCUUAAUCACCAUUCGGAAAUUUAUGAACUCCGUUACGCACGGCCCUAAUGCUGCCGGAUAGAACAAGGAAUAUCAGACUUUACAGGCAUUCCAAUUUCAUUUGCGUUAGUUUAUUGGAAAUUCUGCGAAAUGAGAUCCAGAGAGUGAGUCAUUUGAUAUCUUAGGCGCGUCAGGGGGUAUUUUUCUUAUUUAGCGUAAAAUCUCUGAUGAAAGCUUUCGAAUGCUUGAGCGAUUUAUUUAUUUUAGCGAUUAUUCAAAUGUAUAUGUGCAUAGUGAAUUGAAAAUUUAUACUGUCAGUUGAGGGGAAAAUGAAUUAUUCAUGUAAUUGAAUGUUUGAUACAUUUCUUCUGACUAUAAUGAGAUCUGAUCAUUAAGGUUGGUAAUAUUUAGGAGAAAUUGGUAUUUAGUUAUUAUGUCAUAAUUAAAUUCAUUAUUGCCUUUGUUUCGAUGGAAUUUUAAUGCAUAAUCUCUUCCUCAUUAAAAUUCUACUAUUGAUCGUUCAUUUGUAAUAAGAUUCGUAUUGAAACUCGUGGAAAGGGAAUUACAAAUUAUCCAAUAUAUUAGUGUAAGUGAUAUCGUGUUACUAUUAGGUAUUAGUAAUAGAAAUUGCAAGUGUGAAUAUAUUGGUACUCGAAUACUUUCAUAGAUUUGUUAUUCAUCGUCAGUGUUCGAUCAAUAUCGGUUCUUCUUCGAUUAUGCAGGCGAAUUAAUCGUGAUGCCUUCGUGCACCUGUGCCAUCAUCUAUAUACAAUCUGGUAAACGGUAUAUAUAUGUAUGUAUAUAUGUAUAUGUGCCAUCGUACAUCGAUCGAUCAGAUUUACGGUGUUCCUUUAUUUGAAACUCGCUCGCUAAGGUGUUCCACGGUGCUAGCAUUAAAUAAUAACAUCGAACGAUAUUGCUGUUCAAGUUUCCCAUCUUGGUGAACAUUGUUCAAAGGAUUAUCAAUGUCAUUGAAUUGAUUUCUGGAAUUUCUUCUCUAUAUGAAAUUCGUAUCGUCUCAAUUUACUUUUGCCCGCUAGGAUUUUAAUUACAACUCUUUGACCAUUAAAAUUUAAUUAUACGUAAAAGUGUACAUAGGUAACGUCAGUGCAAUUUUUAAUAUGAAAGUCGCGAGUAAAAGCUUACAGAUUAGCACCAGUCGAAUGGUGAAAUAGGAAUCUCGAUGAAGAAGAAGAAGAAGUAGUUGCAACUUUUUUGCUCGAUCCAACGUCACCGUGUAAUCGAGUUUUUCGUUUAGCUCGAUUAAAUCGUGCUGCUUGCCGAGAAAACCUCGCGCAUCCGAUAAAAGUAAUUUAUCUCAUCCGUCUCUUAAAAGGGAGAAAUUUUUGUGGAUGCGUUUCCGGGAUUCUCGAAACGAGAGACGAUAAAAUUUCAAUAUGAAACGUCCUACAUAGAUAAAUCUCUCAUAUCUGCGAGCAAAUUUGCCACAAAGGAAAUUAAUCCAAAGGAUUUCGAACGAGUAAUAUCGCGAGAUAGAAAUUCCGGAAAAUUGUAAAAUGGCUAUUCUUUUUUUAGAAUUGCGAUCAGACGCAAUUAUUUUCUUAUCAAAGGAUUUAAAAUUUGUAAAUUUCUGAAAUCUUGGAACGCAUACAUUUCUCUGACAACUUCACAGUAUGCUUGAUUUACAUUUUCUCAUGCAUGUUGACACAAAGGGUAUUUCAUUCAAGGGUGUCCAUUAUUCUAGCAACAAUUGCGAUGUUAAUUUCAGAAAUUCAUCUAAAUAAUAGGAUCUACAUAGUUGAUGCGUACGGCGACGUUUGCAAAGGAACUUUCGUAAUUAGCGUAAUCAUGAGAAAUUUUACAGACAUUUCCGUGUUUUCGUAAUAAUGUUUCUAAUAACCAAGUUGGCUUUUCAAAUGCCGGAUGGAGAAUUCAUCGUACAAAUGAACUUUGAAAACUUGUCUGUCGGUGAAAAAGUUUCGUCGGAAGAUAGUAAACGGCGUAAAUCAGUUCAACGAACGCUUUAGCUCUUCCUGCGUUCGAGUUUCCACGGAAUUGCCUGUUUUUCCGCUGUAAGAAUAAGUUACCUAGGUUAAAUUCUCCGUUAAAAUACAUACGUAUCCCUUUCCACGAGGAAAAAAGAAAAUUUAAUUAGAAAUCGAUCGAAUUUCGCAACUAAUUUUCAUUAGUUGUUUUAAUAUUCUAAUUAAACAGCAAUGAUUUUAUUUUAAAAUCAAUAAUUUUCUUCAUAUUUCUUUUACAAUAUUAAUUAAUUUCAUACUCAAUUAAUUCUUGAGACACAGUGAUUACAAAGUUAACAAGUUUUGUUCAAUUUUUAUUUUACAAAGAGUUAAUCAGUUUUCUUUAAAAGGAAACUUGCAGAUUUUCAGAGAUUGUAAAGUUAAUGAUUUCCUCCAAUUUUUAUUUCACGAAGUUGAGUUUGCUUCAGUUCGGCAUUGUUCUCGGAGUAUGGUUGAAUUUUUUCAAUUGACGUGCAGAUCGAAAUGGGUCAAUCUGUAGAAUUUUUCCAAAAGGUAAACGAUUUUUUCUCUUUCAAUGACUUCUCGUUGUUUCGACAGGCGUACCUUUCAUACUACUUGCACGAUGAAAGGAACAAUAUUUGUAAUGUUGUCGGCUCCAUAGAAAGUUUAAUUGCAAACUCUCCAGCCGCAAAUGCAUUGAAUAUGCAAAUGCUCGUUGUUCCAGAAUUCUCGUUCCAAUAAUGCUCGCAAAAAAUUUUCACUGCUGCUUUCCUCCGAUCGAUUUCACGUAUCGCAAUAUCUUGGUUAAAUUUUUAUAUGAAAACUUUGCCAGACAUUGAUCGCAUAUUUUAUUUUUUUCUAAAGGGAUAGCUUUACUAUAAGAUACCGUAGAUUUUUUUCCAAAUUUUAGAAAUUUUCAAGUAAUUGAAUUUCUUUUCAUAUCGCAUUACCAUAAGAUGUUCAGAAAUUAAUAAAUACUAUGUAGAGGGUGUCCCAACAAAUUUGAAACAAUAUUUUUCUAAUGUUUCAAAUUAUCUUCCUUUUCUUUUUAACCCUGGUUCAACCAAUAUUCAGUCAUUUUUGGUCAGUGUCUUAAAUCAUGAAAAGAUCCGGUCGCUAACAAGAAUUUAUAAAAGGAAAAUUGUACGGUACCAUUGAAAAUGUUGAAAAUGAGUUUUAUGUAAAUAGAUAUCUAAAGAUAAAUAGAUUCUGUGUGGCUUUUGAAAAUUACGUAUACGUAUGUUUCAUAGAAAGUGUCAGGUGGGGCACCCUAUACGUGAAAUGUCCUCGCAGCUUUUACACAAGAUCCAGAAAUCCAGAGAGAGAUGCAGUAAAUUGAAGCCAAAGAACUUCAAUUCAUAGUGCUUUCAGCGGUAAACCGCAACACGCGACUUCUCCUCGCUAUAGGGAACCUUUUUGACCGCGUAUUAGAAGCUCGCUUUAACCUUUCGCCUUGUUACAUUUCAUUCGAGUUACUCGAGUUAAAAUGAGUCUUCUUCGUGAUACAAAUUACUCUUAAUCAUUAACGUUUCCACUGUCGCGGGAGUUACCCAUGCCAUGGUAACGAAAAUAAUUAUUUAUUGGCAAUUGAUAAUUCUUUUAGGAAAAUUUUCUUAAACUAUAAUCUAAUGGUUUUGUGAUUCCUCAAGCAUAUUUGCUUUCGAUAUAGAAUUAGGGUAAUUGAUUCUUGAGUCUUCGAUAAUGGAAGGAUACAGAGAGGAGUAUAAGUAAUGGUCGGUGCAAAAGAGUUGUCGUAUUUGUAGGAAAAAGUGUUUGAAAUAAGACUGCUGAUGUUAACUUGUCUAUGGAUUACAAGUGACAUUUAUGGCGAGCUUAAUAUCUUUUUAAUUUAAACGAUCCUCGAUUAAUUUUCGACUUGGAAGGAAAAAUCGUCUAAGAAUAGGUACUAUAAAUCCUAGGUAAUAAAACAAACUAAAUAUUAUCACAAUAAUAAGCUCAAUGUGUUAAACAUAUGGUAAAAUCACUGCUUGGUAGGUCUUUUGACAAAUAUAGCGUAGCGAUCGAAUUGUAUAACAAAGGAAUUGAAUGAAACUUAUCUAUAGAAUCAAUCAAUUAUAUCAACGUGAUUAAUUUUUAUUCAUUAUUUCGCGAAUAUACGAGAUCCUCUUCGAAAAAAAAAAAAAAAAAAAAAAAAGAAAAAAAAAGAAAAUAUACGACGAUCCUUUCGCACCAACCUAACGUUUCACACAUUUCUGGCAUUAACAACGAUCAUCCCGGGAAAAUCGAGGCUAACGAGUGAAAUCAACGAAAUUAGCCGUCGAAUCGUCAGUAAUUUCCGACGUUGACGUUUAUUGUACGUGCCUCGCGAUUUCGACGUGAAGAUCAUCGAUUUUAAGCUUCGAUCUCCUCGACCGUGCAUCUGGUACGAUCGACGUGGAUCGACGUGUCAUUAAAAAGCAAACGAUUGCAAGGCAAAUAAUAGGAGAAAAAAAAAAAUAUUAAAAAAAUGAAAAACAAAGUGAUAAUAACGUACUAAAAGCGGACCAACGCCGAAGCCACACAUGGAAAUUCUAAAAAGGGUCGUAGAAUAGGAAUGACCCGCUUGAAAGUGUUAGAAGUACAUCGCGUGUUAAUCUUUCGGCUUUAUAGAUCUUUUACAAUACGCGAAUCAGUAGGCGCGUAAUUAGUAUACGUGAAAACGCGUUUAUGCAAAUGAUUUAUUUUUUUUUACUCUUUCGAGUCAAUCGAAAGUGUAAUUUCAUUUUUCGUUAAGGAGUCCUCCGAUCAUUAAGAUUAAUGAGUAAAGUUUGCCUCGAAUGAAUAUUUAGACAAUCAUCUUGUAUAUUUUAAAUAUUCCAAAUGUGUUACGGAGUUCUCAGGCUAUUAAUAUAUAUAUAAUAUUGUCAAUUAUUUCAAUAUCCAUCUAUUGACAAUACGUUAAGUUGCAAAUUGGCUUUCUGACGAUUAGUUUCGAAUAGGGUAAGAAGAAAUAAUUGCUCGUAUCCACAACGAUGUCCAGAAUAAUUCUAAAUAAGAAAUUGAAAGGGUCGAGCCGAAAGAUUGAAGCAUAGUUAAGCAUAGUAUUUACUAUGGGUACUUUAAAACAUCAGCUUUAGUUAUGUCGUGCUGUUUAAAAUAAAAUAAGCGAUUUAUAGCGAGAAAUUCUGUGUAUAAAUAUGCUGAAAACAAUUUAUAUACGUAUACAAACACACGUGUCGUACCGCAAUUUCCUUUUUCUAACAUCUUUUUAACUAAUGAUUGUCUUCUGAUUGUUAAUAUGUAGUGCUAAAUCUUUUCCCUGUAUAUUUUCGUGUGAUUUCGAUUUUAGGAAUACCAAUUACAAUUGGGGUGCUGAAGAUUGGGGAUGAUUAUGCAAAAAAUAGGACUAUGAUUCCUAAUUGCAUAAAGAUCCGCAGUCUAAUGAUAGGAAAUAAAUUAGACGAAAGGAGCUUAUCGUUAUGUUGUUCCUAUAGUUUCUAAACUACCCCUGCGUAGUUUCCUGUAAGGACCAACAUUCGUUCGUAGACCAAAGUGUAAAUUCGCGAUCAUUUCAAAGCGAAUCGAUGUGUCUCAGGUUUCAUUUAUCAUUAUCCUAGUGAUUUCGAUGAAUUUCUAUCUGUAGAAAAUUGCGUUUCCGUGUGCGUACAGAAACGUCUGUAGCUGUGCAACGUCCACUUCAUGCUCUACCACUUUGUGGUUGGCAUUGUAAAUACUUUUGGUAUGAGUUGAGUGUGCCUAUUCUCGUCUGGAUAGUUUAAUAUUGUUAUGUAUAUAUGCGUAUAUAUUAUAUACAACGGUACCUCGAAUGACUGAAUAAAAAAAAAUAAAAAAAAAAUAAAAAAAGGAAAAGAAAUAAACGAAACAAAAAGAAAAGCGCGUUAAACUAAUUGUCAAUUACAAAAUGGGAGAGGAGUUUUACACGACGUACAUAUUUCAACGUGAAUGAUUAAUUAAUCCUCUGUAACCUAGAAUUAUGAAGUUCAAUAUUUUUUCAUAUAAUUUCUAUGUAGAAAUAUUAACAUUAGCAUACAAGGCAUCAAAGAAGAAGGUACUUAUAGCUUUUAUUUAUAUAUAUAUUUUUUUUUUUUUUUAUUUUUACAAAUGUUAUAAAUUCGAUGUGGGUUUAUAGAGGGUUAACAAUGUACGGCCUGUGCGUAAUUCUAAAUUAGGUACAAUCGAAUUAAUCUCUGUAGGCCUAUACACCUAUAUAUGUGUAUAUGUAUACACAUUGUAACCGUGAAACGAAAGAACUCAUUGUCGAUCUUUAGAGGAGACUCAGGUAGCCGGGUAAAGUACUAUUUUGUCUUGUUUACCGUGUUAACUCUUUCGCUAUUAAUUCAAACGAUUCCAUAGAAAAAUAGGCAAAAAAUGUCAAGUAUAGUUGGAGGAAGAAACAUAGCGUGAUCGUAAAAACAAUGUGGGUUUGAAAGAUAUAUGGAAGUAUAAGAAGCUCGAGUCUCUUCAGAGUGGUAUAUAGGAUGCAAACUUGGUUUGAAGUGCUUCUACACCCUGUGUAAGGUGUUGGCACAAAAAACCUCCUGAAAUUAAUGGGUCAACCGUGACCCAAAAACAAAAAGUUUGUUACUUUUUCUAACGUUUUGUCGUGCUGGGUUAAAUUAUAUCAUAGCGAAAGAGUUAACGAUUAAAAUUAUCGUUAGUGUGUUUUCAAUGAAAAGAGAAGGGGUGAAUUAUACUUUUCAAACUAGUAUUUUACUCGUGAAUGACUACUACACAUGUAACCAUUCAUCGUGACGUAAUUAAAUGGAUUGUGAAUUAAAUUGGAAUGUUUGACACCGUGUUUUUUCGACACGAUUUGACCUAUUACCUUU